AUGGAGAAUCGACCUCUUAGGACCCUUCCCGGUCGGCCCAGGACAAGUCAAAGGCAGGUGGUAACCCGAUUUGGCAUCCCGGAGAUCGUUAUAUCGGAUAAUGGGACACAGUUCACUGACAAGAAGUUUGCAGAAUUUCUAACCGGCUUGGGGAUAAAACAGAAGUUCUCCUCAGUUGAGCAUCCCCAGACAAAUGGACAAGUGGAGUCCGCAAAUAAGGUUAUCUUAUUAGGUCUCAAGAAGCGUCUAGAUAGCAAAAAAGGCGCAUGGGCCGACGAGCUCGCCUCGGUCCUCUGGUCCUACCGUACAACCGAGCAAAGUUCCACAGGAGAAACCCCCCUUUCGCCUAACAUACGGAGUCGAUGCGGUGAUACCCGUAGAGAUCGGCGAGCCAAGCCCGCAGUUACUUCUCACAGGAGUAGAAGAAGCAGUAGACAAAGAUCUGGUAGAUGA